AUGCAAGUAAAAGAAGAUGGAUGUCUCUCUCUCUCUCUCUUUUCUCUCUGUGUAGUACAGCAAAAGGUGGAGUACAAAUUGAGGGAAGAUAAAUCUUUUUUUUAUCUUUUUCUUUUAUUUGUCAUCCUUUCUCAUUCACCUCCCCCCGUUUUUAUAUUCGUUUUUUUCCUCUCUGAAUUUUCUCCUUUCUCCCCAUUUCUCUGUCUUUUCUGUCUUCUUUCUCCUUAUCGUUAUCGGUUUUCUCUUCCUCUUUCUCCUUUCAUUCACCCUUUCAUUCUCCUUUGCUUUUUUCUCUGUAUUUCUCAUCAUCUCCUAUUCUUUGCUUUUCUCUUGCCUUUUCUUUUUCAUUCUCUCUCAGAUUACUUCUUUCACUCUAUCUUUUUUUUUCUUCCUCCGUCAUCAUUCUGCUGUUCUCUCUCUUCUUUCUCCUUCGUAUUCUUUCCUUUCUGUCUUUUUCUCUUUCUUUAUCACUUUUUUUUUCUCUCUCUCUCUUUUUCUAUCUCUUCUUUUUUAUUCCUUUCUUUUUCUUCCAGUUUCUCUCUCUUGUUUUUCUCUCUUCUCUUAUAUCUUCCCUUUCUCUCCUCAUUCUCAUUUCUCUCUCUGUAA